AUGAACUGUUCAUCCAUCACAUUGUUCAUCGUCGUCGUCACGUUGUGUUUCCUUUUGGAAUUAGAAGGCAAAUCAAUCGACCCUUACAAGGUUCUUGGGGUUGAUAAAAGUGCAAGUCAACGGGAAAUUCAGAAGGCUUUUCACAAACUCUCUCUUCAAUAUCACCCCGAUAAGAACAAGGCCAAAGGUGCACAAGAGAAGUUUUCUCAGAUAAAUAAUGCGUAUGAGAUUUUAUCGGAUGAAGAGAAGAGAAAGAAUUAUGACUUAUAUGGGGAUGAGAAAGGUAAUCCUGGGUUUCAAACCGGUUAUCCUGGAGGGCAGGGUGGUCCUGGACAAAGUAGCUUUCAUUUUAGACCCGGGGAGCAGUGGGGUAGCGGUGAUCAAGGAGGCGCUAAGUCAUUUUCGUUUUCCUUUGGCGGCGGUGAUUCAAAUUCUUUUGGAUUUGGUUUGGAUGAUCUUUUUGGAAACUUUUUCGGUGGCAAUUCAUUUGGGUCUAAAUCUGGGUCCAGUUUUGGGAACUCAUUUAGGUCUCAAUCUGGUUCCCAGAGUUCCCCCAAAAGUCUUAAAGCCAUAAACUCAAAUGUUUACAAGAAAGAAAUAGUUGAUGAAGGAAUGACUUGGCUUUUGCUAUCUUAUUUACCUUCAUUGAGGGGCAUCCAACAUAUUGAGUCCAUUAUCGGAGAGGUUUCCAGCACAUUGCAAGGAGCUUUGAAGGUUGGAAGCAUUAACUGUGAAAAGGAAGUCUCAUUAUGUAAGGAGAUCGGUGUAUAUUCCCGAAAAGCUCCUAGGCUUUUUGUUUAUUCUUACAAGGAGAAUGAAAAGGGUUCUCUGGUGGAGUAUGGUGGUGACUUGUCUGUUAAGGAUUUGAAGGCUUUCUGUCAACAACACUUGCCAAGAUUUUCAAAACGGAUUGACUUGGAUCAACUCGAUCAAUUUAGCACUACCGGAAAGUUGCCUAGGGUGUUGCUUCUCUCCACCAAAAAGGACACUCCUGUAAUUUGGCGUGUUCUUAGUGGCUUGUAUCGCAAACGCAUUACUUUCAGUGAUGUAGAGGUUCCUGAUGUUUAUGAUUCAAGAGUGAAAAGGCUAGGAGUUGAUGCACUUCCAGCUAUUGUAGGUUGGCUACCAAAUGGAGAAAAGCAUAUUCUGAAAACAGGGGUUUCUGUGAAAAACAUAAAAUCUGGUGUACAAGAUCUUAGUAACAUACUUGAUAGUUUUGAGAAAGCAAGUAAGAAGGAAACAUCAAGUCAGUCCAAGAAAGAACAAGCUGAUUCAGAAGACGGACACAUUCAGUUGAUUUCUCGGUCAAACUUCGAGGAUCUCUGUGGGGAGAAAACUCCAGUUUGCAUAAUCGGUGCCUUCAGAUCUUCAAAAGCAAGGGAGAAGCUAGAAUCACUUCUCUCGUUGGUCUCACAGAUGUCCUUGUCAAGAAAACCAAAUCCAGGCGGAAGCUCUAGGGACUCCAUUUCGUAUGCUCUCUUAGAUUCUGCUAAGCAACAAACCUUUCUUAAUGCAUUUGACAAAACAGGUUAUAAAUCCUCAGAUAAGUUAUUGAUUGCAUACAAACCUCGGAAAGGAAAAUUCACUGUAUUUACGGGUGAAAUGACAACAGAGGAAGUAGAGAAUUUUAUCAGCUCUAUUCUAAGUGGAGAUAUACCUUUUAGGGAAACACAUAAGAAGCCUGUACUGAAAUAG